CUAUUGCUGCUCAAACAGUGCAGACAACAAUUGAAGAGGAGCAGAAAGAAUCAAAGGCGACGGUGGCCGACAUGUUUUGCCGGGCGGCCGUCUUUGUGCUGCUCUCCUCGGGUCUUUGCCACGGAGCCGGGAUCAUCCCAGUCGACUGGCUCCGCAGGACACCUGGACAGAGCGUGACCUUCACCACAUCCCUGACGCCGACAUCGGAACCCUUUCUGGCUCUGACUUGGAGCUUCAACGCGACCAUCAGCGUGAUCACCUCCACCAGUGUGGACGUGGUGGGAGAAGGCUACGAGGGCAGGGUCACCCUGGAUAAAACCACCGGCGCUCUGGUGCUCGCAAACCUGACGGAGGAGGACAGCGGAGAAUAUGAGGUGCUCAUGGUGCCGCAUGCCGCCCAGCCCAUUCAUGGGCGUGUUCGACUGAACGUGCUAAGUGUGGUGUCUGUGCCCGUUAUGGCCUGUCCCACGGAAAACUUGAUUGAAGGUCAAAGCUCCCUCAACUUGACGUGCGACGCCGAAGGUGGGGUGACCCACCGAGCGUGGACGAGAAAAGGCAAACCGCUGCUCCCCGGCGGCAGGUUCGUCUUCCACGACGACGGCCGAGUGCUCUCCGUCAGCCCUGUGGACAGGCAGGACACCGGCGUCUUCCUGUGUAACGUCAGCAACGCCAUCAGCUUUGCCACUGCCAAAUGCAAGCUCAAAGUCUUCUACGGGCCCGACCAACCCUUUAUCGAUCAAGACCCGGUUGGCGCAGAACUCGAGGAGAGCGUCACGUUGCUCUGCUCAGCCGACUCGCUACCGAAGGCCAAGUUCACCUGGAAGUUCAAGCGCACGGUUGCGUCUGGUCCCCGCUAUGACAUAGAGGAGAUGCAGAAUCGCCACCUGGGGACGUACACCUGCACGGCGCACAACGAAAUCACCGGCUCGCGGGUCUCGACGGAACACACCUUGCAGGACUCGGCCGUUCCCCUCCGAAUGUCCGUGCUGGUUUGCGCAGUCCUGACGUCACUUGGCUUCCGGUUGAUCUAAAAGACGUUUUCUCUGAACGUGUUUGUUGUACCUCCAUUCAAAGCUUGUCCCUCCUCCAAUGUUAUUUGACUGUUUGCAAAAGUGCUGUCCGACAUCAUAAUAAAAGAUACAUGAGGACUUGUGACAUCCUA